AUGCAAGAACUAUGCAUCAACCCAAUACAGAACUUAGCAAAACCAGCUUUGGAACAAUCUGUACCAUCUGAAAUGUUUUCGCUGCAGCGUUUGCUCAGAAAGAAUAUAGAUCUCUACUUCAGUUUCGUCGUUGGAGAGCGAUUUCGACUUCAUGAAAAUCAAAUUCUAUGCGAAAGUGAUUGGCGAGAGUUGAAGUUAUUCUCGCAAGCAGCUUACAACGAUCGCAGCCUCAAUCAAAUUGCUCGCAACUUACGUGAAAUGCCUGAUUUUCAACCGGUUCGUUUUUCUUUGUAA